AAUUGAACUUGGCAGAGAAAUUAAGGACAAUAUUGGGGGUAGCAAAAACCACUGGGUGUGGUGUGUGUACCCCGUUACAUGCCGCUAUGCUGUGGAGGUGCAGUAAAUUAUGAGGUCAUUCAACUGUCAAUAUCUGAGACAUAGACGGGUACCCCUAAACACAUAUUCAUUAGUUUAUGAUAGGUGUCGCCUGGGAUUCUGACUGUUCAACCUUGUACGUGAUUGGAACGCACCAUGUACAAUGCAGUAGCCCAGCAACGAAAUUAUCCCUGCGAAGGAGAUCGACAGAUUGCGCAAUAUAUGCAAGAUGGCGGCCUCCAUGGAUGAAGCGGAGGAUGAUUUGUCGAUGAUGGACACGGCAAUCGUUGUUUAUACAGAAAACGCCCAGAAAAUGAGGCUUUUUCUGGAAGAGGAUCGGUACUGGGAUUCUUGUCGACGACUGCAGAAACUCGAAGGAAACGUGAUCGCUAUUCCUGUGGAGACAAGCAUCUCAUUGGCCAUCAACAGAGUCUCCACAAAUGAGGAUGCUAAGAUGUUGCAAUACGGAGGAAAGAUCUUGAAGUCAGGGCACUAUCGUGAUCUCCCAUGCCAUCUUGUGUCAGUUUCCCUCCCCCUGUCAAAGAAACAGCUUGCAGUCUCCCCACAUCAGAGACUGGUCGAUGUGUUGAGGGGGAGAUUUGAAGAGUUGGACAUUCCGUUUCCAGGGGAGUUGCGGGAGGAGAUUCCAGCUGUGUGGGAGAAGCACGAGGAUCUUGUUCUGCUCCCUCAGCUGAGUUUCCGAUCCAGUGUUUGGCAGCGCUGCCUCAACCUCUGGCCUUUAGUAGCCAGGGCUCUCGGAGGUCAAAGGCUCGCAAGGAAAGGUCGCAUCAAGCAGGACGAGUUCAGAAGUCCGAGGGUGGAGCUGUUGCUUGGCAACGAUGGGUGGGUGGAGCAUAGAGACAAUGGGAUCAGAUACACCUACGAUGUCACACAUUGCAUGUUUUCUGUCGGAAACAUCACCGAGAAAAUGAGAGUGGCACAUUUUGACUGCAGGGGUGAAACAGUCGUUGACCUAUAUGCCGGAAUAGGGUAUUUCACACUGCCAUACUUGGUCUACGCCAAGGCUGCUGUCGUCCAUGCCUGUGAGUGGAACCCAGACGCCGUCAUGGCGCUGAAGAAGAAUCUAGUUCUCAACGGUGUACAGGAUAGAUGCAUCGUUCAUCAGGGAGACAACAAAAAGGUCUGCCCAAGGGGCGUAGCAGACCGUGUCAACCUUGGCCUGAUCCCCGCCUCGGAAGAAGGGUGGCCCGUCGCCUGCGCUGCCCUCAAACCGCAAAGCGGAGGGGUGCUCCAUAUCCAUGGCAACGUAACGUCACGCACAACGAUGCGCACCAAGGAAACCAUGCCUCGCCGAACCCAAUCACAUGAAUUGGUUGCACAAGAGUGUGGGAAGUCGUCCUCUGGUGAAAGAACAGCAAGUGAUGUUUCACUAUCACCCGCUGGAUUAAGAACGGCAAAUCCGAGUCACCCAACUGGAGAUUCAAAGAAUGAUCUCAAACCACAUGAGGGCGCUGUUGAUGAAGGAACGCAGCAGGAAGCUGAACAAUCUUUUGGAAGCACAACCAGCGUCGACACGGAUCUCCAGCCCAAAGACUACUGGAGGAGUUGGGCCCAGUCGACCGCUCGUAAAAUUCAAGAGCUUCUGGCCGAGAUUCAGGGUGGCCGAUGGACUACUGAAGUUACGCAUGUCGAGCACGUGAAGUCCUACGCUCCGCACGUGGACCAUAUAGUUGCCGAUAUCAGAUGCCUGCCAUUGGAACCUAACCCUGCUGCUGUCUGAACUGCGCGUGUUUUUCUGAGAGUGGAACAGCACACUUCAGAGCCCAGGCAUGUGAGAUUUUUGUCAUGGGAAAGUUUUGCAAUAGUUCGCAAUGAGCGUGUUCGAUUACUUCCCUCGCGCUUAUUCCUACUUCGUCUUGGGUAUAGAUGCACACGCGCAAUCUGUAGCAAUACACGAUCGAUCCCGGGUUACUCGCGGUCGAGCUAUAGCAACCAGACCGGGUCAAGAGGUCAUGUGACGAUUAAAUCUCCUUUGCAAAUGGAUUUGAGCUCUUGAAAGUGAGCCAUGGUGGCGAUUGUUACGUGCUUUUCCAAAGUGAACAAAAAAUGGUGGGUAUGCUUAAAAUUAUCUUAACUUUCCUCCCGUCGUCUAGCAGUAGUGUGAAGUGAAGCUGAGACACUUUUGAAUCCCCCGCCAUGUUUUCGCAUUAUAUUGUGGGAAACUUACCCAAGUAAACGGCUCAGCGGGUCGGUUACUUGGGCCAGGCUCAGGUAAGCGCGAGAAGUCACGUGAGAGGUAAAUCGAACGCAGUCGGGCUUGCACGAGUAAGGCGGGGGAAGUAAUCGAACGUGGGGAAGAACCGACAAGACUGAUCCAGUGAGCCAUUCCCCAGAUGGAUCAACCAGAGUUUUACUGUAUUUGGAAAUAAUACAAUGUUAGAAAGCAGUUAAAGGGAAAAUACAACAUUUGCAAACAUCAAAAAAUAAAACUACCAAAUCAUUUUGAAAUACCUUG